AUGAAUAGAUCAUUUGGAUUCAUAUAUAAAACAUCUGCCAAUACAAUAAGAAAUAAUAUCAAAGUUGCAACUGCUGCUUCAAAACCAUCAAAUAUAUCAAAUAUAAACUUAAAUACAUUCACAUCAGCCACACCUGCCGCAUCAUCUACAUCAUCAAAUUUACCAAGUUUCCAAAAUAAUACAAAAUCAUCAGUUUCCUCAUCAAAUAAUAAUAAUAACAAUAAUAAAAAUACUAUAAAUAGAAAUAUAAAAUCAAAUAUUUUUUCAUUAUUACAACUUUCCACAUUUGGGGACGAUGAUGGUACAUAA